AUGUUUACCUUCAAACUACCAGAAGACAGAGAGGUGAACAACAACCUGGAGAUGCAGGCCAAUAUGUGUACCACUGUCUCAGUGCCAGGCACUGCAAUCUUCUCCUCUUACCUCGGACAUCCCAGAGGGACGGGCUUCACAUCAAACCAGAGACCAGCCAUAUUCUACAGGCCCAGUUUGGACCACAUUGAUAACCCUCAAUUUGGACUCCUGUUAUCUGACAGUUUCACGACUCAAACUAAGCAGCACUACCAGCCUCACGUCCGGUCUGACUGCUGGGGGUCUUUACCAAACCUCAUUAACAAACCCAGAGACAGCGGCUUCUACCAGUUGAGGAUUCACCCAAAGGCAGAGACUGUGGAGGAAAAGACAGAAUACCAACAAUUUUUUGUACCACACUGUCAAACACCAAAAGUUUCACAGAACCGUGUGACUGUGACUCCAAGAGGAGAGAGUGGUUUCACAGAGGGAACAAACCUACAACUCAACACAUUUCAGGACAAAAGCUGCAUGGUUGAACCUCUCCAGACUCACACAGUGAUGAAAAAUGACUUCAUUCGGCCGUCAUUUCUGCAGGGCACUGAGGCGAGACCGAGCGUUUGCAGCAGCCAUUUCUCUCAUAAAACAGGAUUCAAUCGAGUUGCCAUCGCUCCUUUGACCUGCCGAGCCUCCCGCUUGCCCUCGCCACAGACUAAAAGCAAUGCACCAACUGCUAAGACCAUCGGAAAAAAGGAGCCAACAGGGUUUAUUCUCAAUGCUCCAAACAACCAGGCUUUGCCUAAGACACCUUUUGAUGGUUCACACUUUAACACACAUUAUAGAAGCACGUUCUGUCACGAUGUCAAUUGGGAAAAGUUUAAAUCUGGCCACACUAGUGCAGGAAUCGUCAGCGCAAAAAUGGACCACGGCUACAAUCGUCGGGACACGGACAGAUUCAUGUUGAGGGGUUAGAUCUCGGAACACCUGAGAUGGUACCUGCAAGACUUAUAAUAAAAUGUGGUUCUCUG